GCGCUCAUGCUCAGGGGACGUGGAACCCAGGAAGCUGAGAGUGUGUCACACAGGUUUGGUUAAAAAAAUUAAGCACUUUCUCUCUAAAACAGGCGGUAUUCUACUGAUUUGGCCGACAUGGGACUCUGCAAGUGUCCCAAGAAGAAAGUGACGAACCUGUUUUGCUUCGAGCACAGAGUCAACGUGUGCGAACACUGCCUAGUUUCCAACCAUCCGAAGUGCAUCGUGCAGUCCUACCUGCAGUGGUUACAGGACAGUGACUACAGCCCACAGUGCAACCUGUGUGGAGGGGCCUUAGCAGACGGAGAUGUGGUUAGACUUAUUUGUUAUGAUGUGUUCCACUGGUCCUGUCUGAACAGUUAUGCCCAGACACUGCCGGCCAACACGGCACCUGCAGGCUACACCUGCCCCAAGUGUAACAGUGGAGUCUUCCCCCCACCCAACAUGGUAUCACCUGUGGCUGACACCCUGAAGACGUGGCUGUCACAAGUGAACUGGGCAAGGGCUGGGCUGGGCCUGCCAUUGAUAGAGGAACACACACCUAGUACAGUACAGGAGACAGAGAGAAUAGAAGACUUACCUGCCACCACUGUUAGAACAGAUGCAGACAUGUCGGGUAUGGUGGAUCCCACCUACCUGCAGACCAGACCCAGCAUGAACGGCCCCGCCCACGACAACACUGACCACGCCCGACAACAGCAGAACAGCUUCAGCCCCGCCCCUAGCAAGCCAGCAGUCUCGACCAAUCACAAACCUCCACACAGCACAGCCAUCAACAUGUCCCACCUCCAGACACCUGCAGGGUUCUCUGCUGGAGUUAACGACUCGUACUCUCCCAGGAAACUGUUUGACUCUACGAAGGACGACGAGCGGAGAAACACGUCGUUUGACCAUGACGAGAACAAGUACAAGCGGAGAUCAGCGCUGAACUGGUUCUCCAGGUGGUUCAAGUCUGUAGCAGGGACACAGAAGAAGGACCCAGAUGCGAACCUGAAGAGGUUUAUCGUGAUGAUGGUGCUGGGACUCAUCGCGUUCCUGACCUUCAUCGUCAUCAUGACCCGCGUGGGUCGGGCGGCCGCGGAGAACGACCCCUUCCUGGACCCCAUGGCAAACCCCAACAUCAGGGUCGGUCACGACAUGGGUCACCUGGAGGGCCCCCAGUGAAAAAUUGCCCUUUUCCUCUGCCUAAAACUUUGUGUCCACAGCACAGCAACCUAAAUUUGGGGCCGCACCAAUGCAUUUUUGUGGUUCUUUUUCUUCAGCUUAAAGUGAGAGAAAAAUUAGCAAAAGGUCAAAAAAGAAAACAAGAGCUGGCAGGAUUUUGCCUGCAGGCUGUUUUCAUGUUGAUUUUCCAGUGUUUUCAUUGGAACCAAGAAAUUGAAUUUUUUUGGCCUUAGAUACAACAGCUUCUAAUUAUUAUUAAUGUUUUCUUUGCUGUUGAUUAGUUAACUGGGUUACAGAAGGUGGAGGUUCGUAAACAUCAUGGAAAUUAGAUGAUUUUGAAAAAAAUAUACAUUUUCCUAAAACAUACUUGUCUUUAAGCAUCAAAGUUUGGGUUUGCCAGAACCAGAUUUCCCUGUUUUUUCUUUUUAUUUGCCACACAUGCACACACAGUGGUGGCUUUGUGUAAGUCUGGCUGAAAGAUACCUGAAAAGCAUUGCUCUGUUACUAGCCUCCACCAGGCCUUCCUAAGGGGUUGUGGAUAGCCGAAUUCUGCAAAAAGUGGGUCACUAAUUGGCCAGGCAAGUGAGUCUGCGGUAAGGAUAAUGUUUCCUACUCGGGCAAAUGCAAACUCCCCUGGCAAAUCAUUCUACCUAUAGCCAGCAUAGUUAGUCUUGUACAGCUGGGUUAUACAGUGUUUUAUGAUACAUGUAUACACAAAUUUUAUGUUUGGGUAGUGGUCAAUGUUGUACAUCUUGUUGAAUUAACCAGGAGAGAGGAACUUGUUGUAAUAUGAUAAAAAUUAUUAUUGCAUGUUUUAAAUUCAACUUAAGUGUCCAGGAAAGCUAGGCCUCAUAUUUUUUUAAUGCCUCAGAAUACAUAAAAGUGAUGAAUAAUAUGACAUUACAAAAAUGUAAUGUUUAAUACCGUAACUCAUUCAACUUCUUUUACUGAGUAUUUUAAAAAGUUUUCCUGUAGAGAAUCCUGCCCCCACUUUUUUUUUGCUAUGUAACUAAACAGACUCUCCCAAAGCUGCUUCUUACUACUGUAAAUACUGUAUAUAUAUCAUGUUGUCCAUAUUAGCACAGCAGAUUAUGUAGCUGCACCUCAACAAGCUUAAUGUGCAAUGUAGGAAAACUACUAUAGCUCCCCCUGAUUUUGAAUUGGUUUUGCCCAGAAUAAAUUAAAAUUAAAAGUGUCAAGGAAGGUUCAGGUUGGUAGAUACCACUUUCAGACAUGUAGGCGAGAUUGUCAUGGCCUUGGACGUAACAGCCAAUGAAAAUGGCUGCUGUGAGAUUUGAAUUAUCUUGAUAUGUAAACAAUAUUGUGACCAUGAACCGAGGAUUGUUGAGUCUAAUGACUAAAUAUUGUACAUGUAUAAGCCACACCAGGAAAGUUCUGACUAUAUUAAAUAAUGUUAUACAUUCUGA